ACGGCAUCGCACGGCGCGGCACGGAGCGGCACGGCGCGGCAUCGCACGGCUUGGCUUGGCGCGGCACGGCUCGGCACCGCUCGGCGCGGCUCGGUUCCGCUCGGCUCGGCGCGGCUCGGCACGGCACGGCUCGGCUCCGGCAGGUCCCGAGCCAUUCAAACAAGUGGCUCCGGCAGCACUUGGGAGCCGGGGCUGGAGAGAGGGCGCAGAGCGGCUCCCCCUGCCCCGGAGGCGCCGGGCCCUUCACACUGCCUCUUUCUCUGGCGCUCGCUCUUUAUUUGACGAUGAAAUAAUGUUGACAUGUCUUGAAUUAUUAAGUAUUCCCUGGAUUUUAUUAGCACAUGAUGCCUAAAUGCUGCCUGUAUCUGCCGGGGUCUUAACCAGAGAGGAGCGAAGGAGAGAGGCAGAGACACAGAGCGAGGGAGAGGAGAGAGAGGGGUUUUUGACAGCUGUAUUUGUGCUGAUAAGCGAAGGCACAAGGAGACGAUCGACUAGUGAGACAAGAGGGAAGCGGCGGCUCGGAGCUGCUGAGAGGGGCUGCGCUUCCCUCCCGAGACGGCUCGGCCCUCCCGGCGCCGUGCUGGGGCUUGGGGGGGACCCGAGCCCCCUCCCAGCGCCUGGCCGGGCUCUCGGCCGGUGCCCGUGCCGGGGGGCAGCCCGCUGGCUGGGCACGCCGGCCGCGCGGGGCAGAUGCCGAUUGAGAUCGUGUGUAAAAUCAAAUUUGCCGAGGAGGAUGAGAAGCAGAAGGAGAAAGAAGAAGGGGACAAGGAGAGCCUGAUCGAGGAGCCCGCGCGGCCCCGCUCCCGGGACCUGGCCGCCUUUGCCAGCGCCAGCACGCUGCACGGCCUGGGGCACAUCUGCCGCUCGGGGCGGCUGGGCGUGCGCCAGACCCUCUGGGCGCUCGCCUUCCUGGCCUCGCUCGCCUUCUUCCUCUACCAGGCGGCCAAGUCGGCGCUGCUCUACCUGGAGCACCCCCACGUCAUGGCCUUGGACGAGGAGGCCAUCCGCGAGAUGGUCUUCCCCGCCAUCACCAUCUGCAACAUCAACCGCUACCGCCACUCGGCGCUCACCGACGCUGACAUCUUCCACCUGGCCAACAUGACCGGGCUGCCCCCCAAGGACCGCGACGGCCACAAGGCCACGGACCUGCUCUACCCCGACCCCGACAUGGCCGACAUCGUCAACCGCACCGGCCACCAGCUCGACGACAUGCUCAAGAGCUGCAACUUCAGCGGCGAGAACUGCUCCUCCCGGGAUUUCACUGUGGUCUAUACACGCUACGGCAAAUGCUACACCUUCAACGGGGACCGGAGGAACCCGCGGGUCACCCGCCAGGGCGGCAUGGGCAACGGGCUGGAGAUCAUGCUGGACAUCCAGCAGGAGGAAUACCUGCCCAUCUGGAGGGAGACCAACGAGACAUCAUUCGAAGCUGGCAUCCGAGUCCAGAUCCACAGCCAGGACGAGCCGCCCUACAUCCAUCAGCUGGGCUUCGGCGUUUCGCCUGGCUUCCAGACCUUCGUGUCCUGCCAGGAGCAGCGGCUCACCUACCUGCCGCAGCCGUGGGGGAACUGCCGGGCCAGCGUGCAGGGGGAGCAGACGCUGCCCGGCUACGACACCUACAGCAUCGCCGCCUGCCGCCUGCAGUGCGAGAAGGAGGCCGUGGUGCGGAGCUGCCACUGCCGCAUGGUCCACAUGCCGGGCAACGAGUCCAUCUGCUCUCCCAACGUGUACAUCGAGUGUGCUGACCACACGCUGGACGCGGCGGUGGAGGACAGCCAGGAGCGCUGCAGCUGCCCCACGCCGUGCAACCUGACCCGCUACGGCAAGGAGAUCUCCAUGGUGCGCAUCCCCAACAAGGGCUCGGCGCGCUACCUGGCCCGCAAGUACAACAAGAACGAGACCUACAUUCGGGAGAACUUCCUGGUGCUGGACAUCUUCUUCGAGGCGCUCAACUACGAGGCCAUUGAGCAGAAGAAAGCCUACGACCUUGCCGGGCUUCUCGGGGACAUCGGGGGACAGAUGGGCCUGUUCAUCGGUGCCAGCAUCCUCACCAUCCUGGAGAUCCUGGACUACAUCUACGAGGUGAUCCGUGACAGGGUGAGCCGCCUCCUGCGCCGCUCCAAGCCGCCCCUGAAGAAGCCCUCGGGCAGCAUCGCCACGCUGGGGCUGGAGGAGCUCAAGGACCAGAGCCCCUGCGAGACGCUGGGCCGGCACGUGGAGGGCGCCUACAACGCGGGCAUCCUGCCCAACCACCACCACCGCCACCACUACCCGCACCAGGGCAUCUUCGAGGACUUCGCCUGCUAGGCCAGCUGGGGACAGGGGGCGGCCAGCCCCCAUCCCCUGCCGUCCCCUCCCCGCUGUCCUCACGGAGAGGGACUGCGGCACCGGGAACAGCCGCACCGCUCGCCCCCGGCCGUGCCACCGGAGCCACCUGGGCACCGGCACCGCCGCGGCCCCCCAGCCCCUCCGUCCAGCCCCUCCGCUUGCCCCCGGCGUGUGGGGUCAGCCCUGUCUCAAGCACACGGUAUGGGGGGGCCGCCCCCCCCAUCCAGCAGCAAGAGCAGCCCCGGGCCCCCAGCUGCAUGCCAGGGAGCAGAGGGGCCCCUGCGAUGCAGAGCAUGCGAGGGGGGAGCUGGGUUUCCCACGAGCCCCUCCAGGCCCUUCCCUGCUGACCCCUCCUGGGGGGGGUCUCUGCCCUGCCCCGUCCCCCCAGGGGAGGGCCAUGCCCGGACCACCGGUCCCCUCCCAGGGAAUGUCGCAGGGUCAGGGGCUCCCACCUGCAGUCACACCUGCAUGGCACCACCCUGCCGCCCCUCCGGCCCCUGGCACCACCACCACUGUGACACCCCCACCAACAUCUCCCCUCCUUCCCCAGCCCCACGCAGCCCCCCAGGGCUGCAGCCCCCCAACACCGUAGCCGCCCCCAGCCAGACCCCUGCACUGUGACCCCCCCCCACACUCCAGUGUUAGCCCCCAGCCCUGCAGACCUCUCUCCCCGCUCUCCUGCCCCAAACCCUCUCCUCCCAGUGCCCCACAGCCCCCUCCAGCCUCUCCGCACCCGUGCAUCGCCCAAAGCAGACUGUCCUCAGGCACAGCCACCCGGCACGGCCCAGGCGGCGCGGGGGCACCCGUCCUCGCUCCCCUGGCUGUCGCAGCUCUUUUGCACCGUGCACGUACCCACCCCUGCCACGUUCCUCCCCCCUGGGUGCUGAGCACCCGCUGUGCCUCCCCCAGCCCAGACACGGUCAGGAGUGUGCUCCGUGCCCAGCACAGCCCGGGGAGUGGCAGGACCCCGUCAGGACCCUCCCCCCCCCCCCACCCCGGUGACCCCUUCCUGUAGGACAUCUCCUCCUCCCCCUCCACUGUAGCAGACACCAGCGCAGGGCAAACAGCCCCAAAAUAUCUCAGGAGGGGGGGGGCAGCUGGCAAAGCCCCCCUUGACACGCACACACGGCAAAGAGGGGGACCCGCGGCAGGAAUUGGUGACAUCGGGGGGAGAUGGGGCGUAGCCAGGCUGGGUCCCAUCCCUAGUGCCCCAAAACCCGAGAGGGCACAGCCGUGCCGUGGCCAAAGCCAUAGAUGCAGGAGGAGCCCCUCCACCACAGCGGUGUGCCCUGGAGGGCGUCCUGGUCCCCAUGGGGUGGCAACACACGUGGCGUGGGACCCCCCAGCCCCAGGGAACAGCCACCCCAUGCCCACCACGUGCUCCUGCACCAUCACCCGGGUGCAAGCGGAAGCAUCCCUGCAGCAAUGCCAGGCGUCAGCCAGGGCCGUGCCAGGCCCCUCACCCAGCCCCACGCGGGCAGGAGGGUGCCUGGGUGCCGGGUGCAGGAUGUGGCCCCCUCCCUGCCAGCGGGAGCGAGCCCCGGGCAGGGCGGGCACGGGCACGGCGGCGGGAGGUGACCGUCGGUGAUGUGCGUCACUGUUUUAUAGAUGUACAAAAGCUCCCUAAUAAAGAGGCACAAGUAGGUC